AUAUAUAUAUAACAUCAUCCUCAUUAUUCCCCAUUAUAGGUUGCUAGGUAGUAAAUCAAAUAAAAUUUCAACCAUGGCUUCUCCACCAUUAGCUCUCUUCAUUGUCACAAUCUCCCUUCUCUUUGUUGCCUCUUCCCAACAGGCUGAUGGAUCUAUUCAGUUUACGUACUCGGGAGGGACUGGCCCAAACAUGUGGGGGAAGAUAAACCCGAAUUUCAGCACGUGCGCGAGUGGGAAAACGCAGUCGCCGAUUAAUAUUUUGACUGACAAAGCUGUCCUAAACAAGAAGUUGAAGCCCUUGAUCAGAUCAUACGGCUCUUGCAAUGUCACUUUGGUCAACAACAAGUUCAAUGUUGGGGUACGAUAUCCAGAUCAUACCGGGGGAGUCGUUGUGGAUGGCAAGAUGUACAGCUUGAAGCAAAUGCACUGGCAUUCCCCUUCCGAGCACCGAAUCAACGGAAAGCAGUAUGCUGCAGAGCUUCACCUAGUGCACGUUACCGACGAGGGGAACGUUGCCGUUGUCGCUAUUCUCUUCGACUAUGGCCAUGCUGAUCCACUCCUUGCCAAGAUGCAAAAAGCACUUAACGAGCUUGCGUACGAGGUAAAGAGGCACGAGGACAGCCCGAUCACGUUCGGGCCGUUUCACCCGACCGAAGUGAGGAAGAGAUGUCAUAAGUACUAUAGAUAUGUUGGCUCUUUCACCACACCUCCUUGCACACAAGAUGUCACUUGGUACAUUCUUGCUAGGGUGAGAUCAGUGUCCAAAGCCCAAGUAGAGGCCCUGAGAGCCCCCUUGGAUUUGAGAUGCAAGAACAAUGCUAGGCCUUGCCAACCAAUGAAUGGGCGACAUGUGGAGCUAUACGACGAGGAUGUGUAGUGCAAAGAGAUCUCAUUUGUGACAUGGUUUAUGGCAUUGACAAAUUGAAAUGUACUAAUGUACAAUAAUGAAUUCAAAAAAAUUUAAAAAUAAAAUCAACCAAUAAUACCAAAGCUUAAAUGUUUA